CACACUCUCACACACUCAUUCACGGCAGCGCGAGUCCGGAGGAUGGAGGCUAUCAAACCGAUGGUUGGAGAAGAGAGGAGAGACAAUGGUAUACUGGAAAAAGGUCAUAUCUGAGGUACAAGAUGGCGGGAUGCUUCUGAAAAAGCGGGACACUUUCACCUUGAGAAUGAGAGCCGAGCGUUUCCAGUUCAACCACAGCUGAAAUGGCACGACACAAAUGAGGCAUCCUCCAGCUAUAUACUAUAAUGAUAAAUGAUUUCCGUGGAACAUGCAGAAGAGUGUCAGGGAGCAUUCAAAACCCUGCAACAAAAUCCCACCAAUUUUAUACGAGGAACAGACAGCUCUGACAGGUGUUGUCUAGCUGCACACAGAUGCCGCUGCGUUCUGCAUUUCUGCCUGGGGAACCAUCACUAAUGGCUGCGGGGCCGUCCGAGAUCUACAGCUCCAAGUGCACGUAAAUGCAUCAGAAUGCCUUCAAAAGUGUCAUGCCUCUACGUGUUGACGGUCGUUUGUUGGGCCAGCGCUCUGUGGUAUCUAAGUAUAUCCAGACCCACGUCAUCCUACGGAAGCCAACUGUCCGCGCCGGCGCGUAAGGCGGCGAAAGCGCUCAAGAGCAACGCCACCACCCCCUUCGGCAACAUCAGGACGCGUCCGCUGAACCCGCACACCUUCGAUUUCAUCAUCAACGAGCCCAAGAAAUGCGAAACCAACGUGCCCUUCCUCGUCAUCCUCAUCACGACCACGCACAAGGAGUUCGACGCCCGCCAGGCCAUCCGGGAGACGUGGGGUGACGAGAGCACGUUCAGCGACCUCCGUAUCAUAACGCUGUUUCUUCUCGGGCGCAGUACGGAUGCGGUGCUCAACCAAAUGGUGGAGCAGGAAAGCGAGAUCUUUCACGACAUCGUCGUCGAAGACUUCAUCGACUCGUACCACAACCUCACUCUCAAAACGCUGAUGGGAAUGCGCUGGGUGGCGACUUACUGCAACCAAGCCAAGUACGUGAUGAAAACGGACAGCGAUAUCUUCGUGAACAUGGACAACUUGGUUUAUAAACUCUUGAAGCCGGCGACUAAACCUCGACGGAGGUACUUCACCGGGUACGUCAUCAACGGCGGACCCAUACGGGACAUGCGCAGCAAAUGGUACAUGCCCAGAGACCUGUAUCCCGAAAGCAAGUACCCACCGUUUUGCUCGGGCACGGGGUACGUGUUCUCGGCGGACGUUGCGGAGCUCAUCUACAAGACUUCCCUGCACACCAGACUCUUGCAUCUGGAGGACGUUUACGUCGGGGUGUGUUUGAGGAAGCUGGGCAUUCACCCGUAUCAGAACAGUGGCUUCAAUCACUGGAAAAUGGCCUACAGUCUCUGCAGGUACCGUAGAGUUAUCACCGUACACCAGAUCUCCCCUGAGGAGAUGCAUCGCAUCUGGAACGACAUGACCAGCAAGAAGCAUCUCAAGUGUUAGUCAAAGAUUGCCU